CCCCCCUCGACAACUAUGGCCGCGGGGCCUGGCCGGUUCUCGAUGCCGGCGCUACCGUCCUCCCGCCUCGCCUUGUUCUGCGCCUCGGUCGCCGUGGUGGGCCUGGGAGCCGCCGCGGCCUGGCGUUGGGGCCGGCGCCGCGCGCGACGAGAGCUGGUGCGGGUGGGCGCCGUGUCGAGCCUCACCAUCUACCCGGUCAAGUCCUGCAUGGGGCUGCCCAUCGAGAGCGCCGAGUUGACCAAGCUGGGCGUCCGCAGCGGAGACUUGCGCGACAGAUUUUGGCUCGUGAUUAAGGAAGAUGGUCAUAUGGUCACAGCUCGGCAGGAGCCUCGCCUGGUUCUGGUCUCUGUAAAUUGUGAAAAUGGUCUCUUAAUCCUGAAUGCUCCAGAAAUGAAGGAACUGACCAUCCCUAUCACUGCUCCUAAGAAAAAUCCAGUGAAGACUUGCAGGGUGUUUGGGCUUGAUAUUCAAGGCCGGGACUGUGGUGAUGAAGUGGCUCAUUGGUUCACCACUUUCUUGAAGUCAGAACCAUAUCGGCUGGUACAUUAUGAGACCAACAUGGCACCAAGAAAAUGUGAAGAGAUUCACAAACCUUUUCAACCUACUGAUGAGAUUCCCUAUAGUGACUGUGCUCCGCUCUUAAUCAUCUCUGAUGCUUCAAUGGAAGAUUUAAAUGCCAGAAUGGAGAAGAAAAUCAAUAUGCGACAUUUUAGACCAAACAUUACUGUUUCAGGCUGCGGAGCUUAUGAGGAGGACACCUGGGGCAAGGUUAUAAUUGGUGAUGUGGAACUGAAAGAGGUGAUGGCAUGUGGAAGGUGUCUUUUUACAACUGUUGACCCAGAUAUAGGCAUCAUAGACAGAAAGGAGCCACUGGAAACACUAAGAAGCUACCGCAUGUGUGAUCCAGCAGAGAAGCAUCUCUACAAAUCUGCCCCCUUGUUUGGGAGCUUUUUCACAGUAGCUAAACUUGGAACCAUUAAAGUUGGAGACCCUGUGUAUAAGAUAAUUGAAUGUUAGGGAGGGGUCAGAGGACUCUUUGCCUUAAAGUGCUUAUCUGUUCAGCAGUUGCAAUGUUAUCACAGGGCACAAACCAGCCAAAU